UGUCUAUCUGUCUGGAUUUUGUUAUCUGACUUCAUCAAAAUGUAGUUUCAGAUCAAAUUGAAAUAAUAUUUCAUAGAUAUAUUACUAAUUCUUGCUAAAACAUGAUGAAGGCUAUAAGAGUUUUGAAAUUCGGUUCUCCGAAAGUAUUAACACUUCAAAGUGUUGAAUUGCCAAAAAUUACAGAUUCCACGGUUUUAGUCCAAAUUGCAGCAGCUGGAGUGAAUCCUGUUGACACCUACAUACGGGAAGGUGCCUUUGCUACUUUGCCAGAUCUUCCAUAUACUCCAGGAAAAGAUGGUUCUGGUGUGGUGCAUGCUGUUGGUGAAAAAGUAACAAAAAUUAAAGUUGGCCAGAGAGUGUUCGUUUGUUCCAGACGAACAGGACAAUAUGGCACAUAUGCAGAAUAUUCUUUGGUCCCAGAAGAGGAUGUGUUUCCUUUGGAUGAUAAGCUCAGUUUUGAGGAGGGAGCUGCACUUGGAGUAGCCUAUUUUACUGCAUACCGGGCUUUAAUGCUGAAAGCAAAGUGUGUGGCUGGAGAAACUGUUCUUAUUCAUGGUGCCAGUGGAGCAGUAGGUUUAGCAUGUGUUCAGUUAGCAAAGAAACAAGGUCUAAAAGUGAUUGGUACGGCUGGAACACCAGAAGGCAUUGACCUGGUUAAAGAUGAAGGAGCUGAUAUUGCUGUGAAUCAUAAGGCAAAGGGUUAUGAACAAGAAAUCUUAGAAAAAAAUGGAAACAAGGGUGCAGAUAUUAUUAUAGAAAUGCUUGCUAACGUAAAUCUUGAUAAAGAUUUUGAUCUUCUUAGUCCUAGAGGACGUAUUGCUAUUGUUGGAAGUCGAGGAAGUAUUAAAAUUGAUCCACGCAAAAUGAUGGGACGUGAAUUACAAGUUGUUGGUGUUGCUUUAUUGAAUAGCAUUAAUGAUGAAUGGAAUUUGAUAUCGCAAGGUAUUUUAGAUGGCAUUAAGGAUGGUUGGGUUAAACCAGUUAUCGAGAAGAAAUAUUCACUUGAAGAAUGUGCUGCAGCUCAUGAAGAUGUAAUACAUAAAAAAAGUUCCAAAGGCAAACUAAUCCUUUCAGUGGCGCAGCUGUAAUAGUGUAUCUUUUGUUUUGUUUGAAAUGAUUAUUUUGUAUAAUUCCUGCAGAUUUCAUUAAUAUUUUUAUACUGUUGUAUGUUUACACAAGAAUUUUCUUUAUUUUUAUGUAUAUAUAAAAAGAUUUGUUAUACUGAUCUGUGGCUACUUUUUGGUACCCUUAUUUGAAAUAAUAUAUAAUUAAAUACCAUUGGAUUUAAAUAAAUGAUUAUAAGAGAA